AGAAAGAAACGAAAAAAAAAUAAAAAUAAAAAUAAAAAUAAAAAGAUCAACCCAAUGCCUCCCCCCAACUCUAUCCCAGCCCAGAACCUCCUCGCUGGAAGUGAAGGCGACAUCACCACCAACCGAAACCAAACCCAACCCCAAGAAGCAUAUGAAGAAAAGAACGUGCACGAGGUAUAUCAGGAAAUCGCGACUCAUUUUUCCGCGACGAGGUUCAAGCCAUGGCCGGUUGUGGAACGGUUUUUGACGACUCUGAGCCCUGGUGCUGUAGGGUUGGAUGUUGGGUGUGGGAAUGGUAAGUAUUUGUCUGUCAAUAAAGAGGUAUUCAUCAUUGCUUCGGAUCGGUCCGAAAAUCUUGCCCGAAUCGCUCGCACCCACCAACCACAUUCAACCAUUGUAGCCGAUAUUCUCCAUCUGCCACAUCCCGAUGGCUUCUUUGAUUUUGCCAUCUCCAUCGCCGUCGUGCAUCAUCUGUCCACGCCGGAUCGGAGAGUCCAGGCCAUCCGCGAAAUUCUGCGCACGUUGAAACCCGCUUCUGGGGAUGUUCCUGGCGGCAGAGCUCUGAUCUAUGUGUGGGCCCUAGAACAGAAAUCCAGCCGCAGAGGCUGGGAUAAAGGGGACACCCAGGAUGUCAUGGUCCCUUGGGUCAUGAGGGGUUCCUCGCAGGCAACAACUUCCAUUGAUCAACCCAAAGUCUUCCACCGCUACUAUCAUCUGUAUGAGGUGGCGGAGUUAGACCAGGACAUAGUCAAGGCGGGCGGUCAUGUUUUAGAAUCAGGGUAUGAUAGAGAUAACUGGUGGGCGAUCGCGACUCCAGUAGACCAGAAACAAUCAUAACACAUUUGAGUGUAAUGUUUACUCCGAGAGCCAGCCUCAAGAGUCCGUUCUUUCGACGUCAUAUGGAAUCCGUGAUAAAAUAUAUAUAUAUAUAUAUAUAUAUAUAUAUCUGUAAAAGAAAAACAAAGGAAAUUCGAGGAUGUCAUCUCCAAGUUCAGGCUUCCGUGUUCUCCCUAAAGCUCAGGGGGAAAAAGAGCA